UGAUCCUUCGUAUUUGCUGUUGUUGUCAAACGAAGUUUUUUCUAAAUUUUUUUCUAUGAGAAGAAAAAUGUCGCGCGCUAACUUCCACUCCUUAUCCACAAAUUUGCGGGAGCGCGCGACAUAUUUGUUAGGCCGUGGUUGCUCGCGACAUUUUUAUAACGACUUGAAGAGCAGAGCUGUCGGGGAAGAAGGACCGAAAAGGAUAGUUUUGGAGGCCUAACGUGGACGGAAGGACGAGAGAAAGCUAGAAUGGCCUGCGGAGAACCGAAUGGGUCUUGUGGAUGCAAGCAAAACGAGCCACUGGUAGGGCUAAACGAUACAGCACGAGAAACAGACGAUGAUGUUUGGGCCGAUGACGAUGAAGCGGAAUACUCGAUGAAAGAUCAGUCGACAGCAGACUUGAAGAGAAUCCACACCAAACAGGGGUACCUUGACGGGCUCACGCAAGCGCAGGAGUCUGGAUUGCAGCAAGGGUUUGACGAAGCGUUUCCCAAGGGGGCCCAAUUGGGAAUUGAAGUUGGCAGAUUACUCUCGAGAAUAUGGUGCUAUAAGGACAUCAGAACAGACUUAUUUGAACAAGCCAAGCAAGAGUUAGCUAUUACCAAGAUAUUGGACCGGAAAUACUUUGAUAAUGACUUGGAAUCAAAGGGAGAACACGAGAUUAUAGCAAGAUGGAAGAAUAUUUUAAAUGAAUUACAAAAUAGUACAUAAGAAUAUAUUAAUGCUAAAAUGCUAAGAAUUAAAACUAUCUACUUAAAGG